CUGAAGGAAGCUCCAGGCUUCCUGGACCUAGUCCUGCUUGUCCCUUCUUUUCCCUUACAGAGAUCAAUGAGCUCAGCCAGGUGCCUCCCCCAGUGAUGCUGCUGCCAGAUGACUUUAAAGCUAACUCCAAGAUCAAGGUCAACAAUCACCUUUUCCACAGGGAAAAUCUUCCCAGUCAUUUCAAGUUCAAAGAGUAUUGUCCCCAGGUCUUCAGAAACCUCCGUGAUCGGUUUGGCAUUGAUGACCAGGACUACUUGGUGUCCCUUACCCGAAGCCCCCCAAGUGAAAGUGAAGGCAGUGAUGGUCGCUUCCUGAUCUCCUACGAUCGGACUCUGGUUAUCAAAGAAGUAUCCAGUGAAGACAUUGCUGACAUGCAUAGCAACCUCUCCAACUACCACCAGUACGUUGUGAAGUGCCACGGCAACACCCUUCUGCCCCAGUUCCUGGGGAUGUACCGAGUCAGUGUGGACAACGAAGACAGCUACAUGCUCGUCAUGCGCAAUAUGUUUAGCCAUCGUCUUCCUGUGCACAGGAAGUAUGACCUCAAGGGCUCCCUAGUGUCCCGGGAAGCCAGCGAUAAGGAAAAGGUUAAGGAAUUACCCACUCUUAAGGAUAUGGACUUUCUCAACAAGAACCAGAAAGUUUAUAUUGGUGAAGAGGAGAAGAAAAUAUUUCUAGAGAAGCUAAAGAGAGAUGUGGAGUUUCUAGUGCAGCUGAAGAUCAUGGACUACAGCCUUCUGCUGGGCAUCCACGACAUCAUUCGGGGAUCUGAACCAGAGGAAGAGGGGCCUGUGCGGGAGGACGAGUCAGAGGGGGACGGGGACUGUAGCCUGACUGGCCCUCCAUCUCUGGUGGGCUCCUAUGGCACCUCCCCUGAGGGUAUCGGAGGCUACAUCCAUUCCCAUCGGCCCCUGGGCCCUGGAGAGUUUGAAUCCUUCAUUGAUGUCUACGCCAUCCGGAGUGCUGAGGGGGCUCCCCAGAAGGAGGUGUAUUUCAUGGGCCUCAUUGAUAUCCUGACCCAGUAUGAUGCCAAGAAGAAAGCAGCUCAUGCCGCCAAAACUGUCAAGCAUGGGGCUGGGGCAGAGAUCUCGACUGUCCAUCCUGAGCAGUAUGCUAAGCGAUUCCUGGAUUUUAUUACCAACAUCUUUGCCUGAGAGACUGCCUGACUCCGUGAUGGCUGCGGCUUUACAUUCAAGGUGGUGGUGGGGUUAUGAGAGGCUUGGGAAAAUGGUGGAUAUUCUGUCCACUCACUCAUUUCCUAAAUUCAGAAUGCAGGCUCCUUUCAUCUAAAUAACUCCAUCUUGUUGAGUAAGCUCUCGUGACCCUCAAAAAUACAUGGUCCGUUCUCCCCUUUGUCCAUUUUUCUUCCCUCUCUUCCCUUCUCCCAACAAGUCUGCUUGCCUCAUUAGAGUGUUAUUGUUGACUCUCUUUCAAGUGCCUUGAUCUUUGUAAAAACAUCCUGUUGUCUCCUGUAAAAUGGGAGGAGCUGGGGGAAGGGAUUGUUCGUAAUCUCCGGGACCUGACUGGACAGAUGGACCUGGCUCAAGCAACUACUCUGGGUGCACUUUGCUGUGUGAGAUGAACUAAAGAGUGUCUGAAUUUUGUUGACUUUAUAGAACUCACUGUGGCAUGCUUCCCUUCUGGUUGGCCCUGAGAUGGAAGACUUUCAAGAUACUACAGAUGUGGGUGUAGUUAUGCACAGAACGUGGCCGGUACUACACACACAGGUGGGGUGGAAGUGGUUAGCAGACUGGCACCUCACAGAGCUGGGACCCAAGAUUACAUGAUUAUGUAGAGAAUCGGAGAAGGUCUCCCUGACAAAGAUUGACCAUCCUCCAAUCUUCCCUUACCCCACUCCCACCCUCCACCCACCAUGCUUUGGCAUAGGAGCCCAGGGAUGUCAGAGGGUUCCAGUGUGGCUGAUGGUGUUUGACUAUUGCUGCUCUUCAUCAGAAUCUCACACCCUUCUGAGACUGGAACCCUGCAGUGGGGGUGUGGCUAGUUCUGGCAAUAGAUGGUGGGCCAAAGGGGUAUGGUUCAUUCUCCACGUUAAGUUUCCUUUCUUCACUCUAGCCAUCCCUGAGAUUUAUUCCCAGCAGAAGAGGGUAUCUCUACUAGAGUCAGUUCUAGUCACUUCAAGAGGAUAAAGGAACCACCUCUCCUUCCCGUGUGUGUGCACCUAGGACCCUUCUUUAACCCACCCCUUCUCAAACCCUUUUCCAGUUGGAUUUGUUAUUCUGUUCUCUUCUGUCCCAGCUUAUACUGCUACUGUGUCUCCCAGGGGACAGAUGGCCGCCUUUGUCAUCACUCUCCACCCCCACAGAGGAGUCAGAGCCAUAACUCAAUCACCCAGCCCCCUCCAAAGAUAGUUGAGUUGGUGCAUGAUAUUCUCAGAACGUGGAGGACACAAGAUGAGACUGUCCCCUUCUCCCAAUGCCUUUGGGGCUAAGACACUCGUUCUUGCUAUCCCCCACCCCCAUGAGGCAUUCACAUUUUUAACAAGAAGAUGGGCACCAGCCGCUGGCCUGUGAAAUGCAGAGCUGUUUUGCUCUGUAACUGGCAAGACUGAUCUGUCUCAAGAAGUCUGAUGUUAUGAGUGAGAAGCCCCCUCUCCCCUUCAUCUACUUUAAAGGAGAUAGCAACAAGAGCCCCCAGUGGGGGUUAGAACCCCUGUAACAUCUUCCUUUCAGAGGCCUGAUGGAUCUUGUUCAUUCCAACCAUCUACCUUUCCCUUGUUGAAUGCAAUAAAACUGUGACACCAGCAACUGUUGUUGUUUAAAAGAAAUGGGUUUUCUGUGUGGCUGAUGUAUUUUGGGCAGUAUGGUCUUUUUUGUUGCUUUUGUUUUUCAUCUUUUGUUCUAUUAAUUAAUAAAAAAAACUCGUGUAUUUAUUCCCAUUACUACCACAACAUAGGAAAUAAAUUAUUCAAUCUAAA